AUGUCGGACGAUCCACGGGUGCAGUGGAUUAGAAACCGCGUAUACUCUUGUUUUUAUUUUCCUGAACCAGGUUGUUUUGAGGAAUUGCUUAGUCGAGGAGAUGGAGAAGAAGAGCAAAAGAUUAUCCGGUUUCUGAAUGAAGUCACAGAUGAAGAAGCAGCGUCUACUCUACUGUUCUUCAAAGGCGUCAGGGAGGAGGAGAUUGAAGUGGAAAUCCCUAUUGAAAAGAAGAAAAGGAAAGAUUCUGAGGUCUCGCGUGCUUCGGAGGCCGUCAGCAAAGACUCUCGUGGUUUGGAUGAGAUCAGAGCAGAGGGUCUCUCCAAGACGGGUGACAAAGAAGACACCCUCUUACCUAGGAUUGAGGUCCAGGUGGUGUACCAUGUGGAGCUUCAUGUAGCAGUCAACAAUGUGCCAGAGAAGUUCAUGAAAUCCAACAUCUUGUACUUCCUGAGGAACACCAGAGAAACCAUCAUCGAACCCACUGAUCUGAGCGAGGCCAACAAUCUGAUGCCCAAGCUCCUAGAGAUGGGCAUGCUGCAUGGAUACUCCCUGCUGAUGCUGAAGGACAUGCUGACACAUGUGUACAUCCCAAUGCUCUCGGUCAGUCAGCUAAAGCUCACCGAUGGAGGCUACCAGCAGGGGGCGGUAGCCACCAAGGACCAGGACGCUGGUGGAGACGCGGAGGGGGAGCGGCCCGUGGAGUCUCGAGGGAUGCUCAUGAUCCGGGACGAGCUGCUCAACAGCGCUCACAAGUUCCUGGGUCACAUCGACAGGACCCUCCAGCAGCUGGAAGGUGAUAUUAAGCUGCACAUCCCAGAGUUGGACCAGGAGGCUGAGGUGGAGGCACUGCUGGCCUCACCAGAGGUGUUGGAGAAGCUGGAGCAGUGUGUGAUGAACUGGCAGACCCAGAUCACCAUCGUGAUCGAAGAACAGCAGAAAAAGAAACCGCAGGCUCCGGGUCCCAUGGCGGAGAUCGACUUCUGGCGGGAGCGCACAGCCAUCCUGAGCGCUGUGAGCGAGCAGCUCAAACUGCCCGUGGUGAAGAAGAUCCUGGAGGUGAUGGUCCGAGCCGACCCCGUCACCGUCCAGAACCUGGACCUCACCGUGACGGAGCUGGCCAAGCACCACGUGGAGUCUGUUGAGAACGUGCGCUUCCUCAGCACGCUGGAGAGGCACUUCAAGAACCUGGCCACGGGGCUCGACUUUGGCGUCAUCCUGGACACCAUCCCCCUGAUGAUGAACGGCCUGCGGAUGGUGUGGAUCAUCUCCAGCCACUACAACAGGGACGAGCGCAUGGUCCCUCUCAUGGAGCGCAUCGCCUGGGAGCUGGCGGAGCGCGUCGCCCGCGUCGUCAACGUGCGCACGCUCUUCAAAGACAAAAGGGAGGUGGCCCAGACCAAAGCCCAGGACGGCAGGAGGGUUCUGGACCAGUGGAAGGUCUGUUACUUCGAGGUGCGGGCUAAGAUCGAGACCUCCGGCAGAGACCCGCGCUGGGAGUUUGACCGGAAGAAGCUGUUUGAGAAGACGGACUACAUGUCCUCCAUCUGCCAGGACCUGUACAGCGUCCUGCAGAUUCUGGAGGAGUUCUAUAAUAUCUUCGGCUCGGAACUGAAGGCUGUGACUGGAGAUCCGAAGCGCAUCGAUGACGUGCUGCGCUGGGUGGACAGCCUGGUGGUGCCGAUCGAGGAGCUCAGCUUUGACCCCUUCAACAUCCGCAAGAUGGGCAGCUGGAGGAUGAUCAUGCAGGACUUCAAGUCCAAAGUUCAGGCCAUCGAAGCAGAGGCCAUCAACUUCAUCGACCAGUCCUUCAAGACCCUGCGCUCGGCAUCCGCUGCCUUCGACAUGCUGCUCAAGUUCAAACACAUCCGCUCCAGAGAUGCCAUCAACAACCAGAUGAUGCAGAAGUUCAACGACAUCCUGGUCCAGUACUGCAAAGAGGUGGACAUCAUCAGUGUGAUAUUCAUGAAGAACAAGGCCAACCCUCCGCUGAAUAAGAACCAGCCGCCUGUGGCCGGGGCCAUCUACUGGGAGCGAUCCCUCUUCCACAACAUCAAGAUCACCAUCAUCCGCUUCCUGGAGGUCCCUGAGAUGCUGGAGAGUGAGCAGGGCAAGCUGGCCAAGGCUAAGUACCUGCAGCUGAGGCUGCGGAUGAAGGAGUACGAGGUGGAGAAGUUUGCCCGCUGGCGUGACGAGACAGAGCACGUCCUGCCCCUGCUGAUGAAGCGCCCCCUGCUGGUGGUGACGAGCAGCUCUGGGCUAGUCCCUGGAGACCAGGGGCCCACCGACACAGGUUCCAAGCAGGAAGUGGAACGAGGCGUGCGCUACACGGUGAACUUUGCCCCCGAGCUUAAGGAGAUCAUCUCUGAGACCAAGUACCUGGAACAGCUAAGCUACUCUGUUCCUGAGCUGGCCCGCAAUGUGGCUCUGCAAGAGGACAAGUUCCUCAGGUACGUGGACGACCUGAAGAAUCUGGUAAACCGCUACCAGGCCCUGAUGGACGGGCUGAACGAUGCCGAGUUCUCCCUGCUGGCUGAGCAGAUCCAUGAGCUGAGGAGGGUGAUACGCUCCGGGCACAAGAGGCUGAACUGGAACGCUCUAGGGAUCUCAGAGUUCAUCAACCGCAGCACCCAGGCUGCUUCCAAGUUCGAGUCGCUCGUCAACCAGAUCCAGAAGAACGAGCGGGACAUCGACGCCAAGCUGCAGUCCAUGGAGACGGCCAACCUGUUCAAGUUCCCCGCUCCGGACAGACCCGACGGCCUCCCAGGAGUGAAGGAGUUCUGUGAGCUGGUCCAGCGAGAGCGAGCCAAGGACAUGAACCUGCUGAGCAGGAAGUACACUGCUAUUGGUCCCCUGCUCACCAAGAUGGAGAGCCUGGUGAUGCACACCAACAGUGGGCGAGCCCAGCGCAUGGAGCACUACUACAGCUACUGGGAGCACAAGAUCUUCCACUCGCUCACCAGGAUGGUGCUCAAGAACAUCAACACGUUCAACAUGGCCUUGAUGGGGAGCACGCCUCUGUUCCAGAUCGACGCCAUCCUGUCCGCCCCUGAGAUCGUGCUGCACCCCAAGAACAGUGAGGUGUACCGCCUCCUCAUGCAGUCUGUGCGGGACUGUGUGGAGAGUACCAAGAGGUUUGUGCGCUGGAUGCACGGCUCCUGUCUGGAGUGUCCUCCGCAGCGCGUGGACGGCGAGGACGAGCCGGUGGUGCUCAGCUUCUACUCGGACGUGUGCCAGCAGCCUCAGGUCAACGAGCGCGCCACCGCCGUGUCCCAGAACGCCCAGCGGCUCCUUGCCGCCGCCGGCCGCUACCUCAACCGCUGGAAGCGCUACCGGCCCCUCUGGAAGCUGGACAAGGCCAUCGUCAUGGAGAAGUUUGCCGCCAAGCGCCCCUCAUACGUCACCUACGACGACAAGCUGCAGUUCUACGCGCGGGUCAGCCAGGAGGUGUCCCAGCAGCCCCUGGCCAAGGACGAGCAUGUGAUCCGGGUGAACCUGGAGCCCCUGGCUCGCACGGUGCAGGAGAACGCCCAGGCCUGGGUCAGCUCCCUGGGCAGGCUGCUCAACACCUCAGCCCGCCAAGACCUCUUCAGCCUGCGCGACCAGCUGCUGCUGCUGUCAGACAACCUGAAGAGAGACCCCGGCUCCCUUGAGGACCUCAAGUUUGUCCUGGGCAACAUCUCGGACAUCCGGGCCAUGUCCCUGACGGUGGAGCUGCGCUUCACAGACAUCCAGGAGAGAUACAGGACCCUGGCCAUGUACCACAUCCAGGUGCUGGAGGAGGAGCAGCAGCUGGUGGGCAGCAUCGGGCAGCAGUGGAGCCUUCUGUUCUCAGAGGCCAGACAGGUGGACCGCAGCCUGGGCCGCGUGAAGAAGACCUUCACCGAGAUCACCAAGACUCAGACAGAGGAAUACAAACAGGAGCUGGGCAUCUUUGCAGAGAGCUUCAACAUGCACGGCCCCGGGGCCGUGGGAGACGACUUGGAGAAAGGAGUGGCCGUGAUGGUCACCUACGAGAAGGAGCUGGCUGUGGUCGAGGCUAACCGCCAGGAGCUGGCCAAUGCAGAGAAGCUGUUCGACCUGCCCAUCACCAUGUACCCAGAGCUGCAGAGCGUGCAGAAGGAGAUGAAGGGGCUCAGGCAGAUCUACGAGAUCCACAGCAGCCAGAAGGCGGCCAAGGCAGAGUGGUCUCAGACGCUGUGGGUGAACCUGAACAUCCAGGUCCUGCAGGAUGGUGUGGAGGGCUUCACCCGCAGCCUGAGGAAGCUGCCCAAGGAGGUGAGGGCUCUGCCGGUGGCCUUCUUCCUGGAGGGGCGCAUGAAGGAGUUCAGGGAGUCCCUGCCCCUCCUGCUGGACCUGAAGAACGAGGCCCUGAGAGACAGACACUGGAGAGAGCUGAUGGAGCGUACAGGGACCAGCUUUGAGAUGAACCCAGACACCUUCACCCUGGAGAACAUGUUCGCCAUGGAGCUGCAGAAGUACGGCAGUGUCAUCGGAGACAUCGUCACCUCGGCCGUCAAGGAGCUCAGCAUCGAGAAGGGGGUAAAGGAGGUGGUGGACACCUGGGAGAGCAUGAAGUUCACGGUCCAGCGCUACUUCAAAGGCACCCAGGAGCGAGGCUCUGUGCUGGGCGCGGUGGACGACAUCCUGCAGAGCCUGGACGACAACGCCAUGAACCUGCAGAGCAUGGCGGGCAGCCGCUUCGUAGGGCCCUUCCUGUCCACCGUGCAGCAGUGGGAGAAGAGCCUGUCCAUGAUCAGCGAGGUCAUCGAGGUGUGGAUGCUGGUGCAGAGGAAGUGGAUGUACCUGGAGAGCAUCUUCAUCGGGGGGGACAUCCGCUCACAACUCCCUGAGGAGGCUAAGAAGUUUGACAACAUCGACAAGAUGUUCAAAAAAAUCAUGAGCGACACGGUCAGGGACCCAGGGAUCAAGAGGUGCUGCCUGGUCCCUAACCGCCUGUCAGAGCUGCAGGCUCUGAGCGAGGGCCUGGAACGCUGUCAGAAGAGCCUCAACGACUACCUGGACUCCAAACGCAACGCCUUCCCUCGCUUCUUCUUCAUCUCCGACGACGAGCUGCUCAGCAUUCUGGGAAGCAGUGACCCCACCUGUGUCCAGGAGCACAUGAUCAAGAUGUAUGACAACAUUGCGGCCCUGCGCUUCGACGUGGGGGCCAACGGCGAGGUGGUGGCGGGGGCUCUGGUGUCGGCCGAGGGGGAGGUGAUGGACCUGAGGCCGGCGGUGCAGGCCGAGGGCCGGGUGGAGGAGUGGAUGACCGGGGUGCUGCUGGAGAUGAGGAGGACCAACAGGCUCAUCACCAAGGACGCCAUCUUCCACUACUGUGAAGACAGGGGCAGGGUGGACUGGAUGCUGCUGUACCAGGGCAUGGUGGUGCUGGCCGCCAACCAGGUGUGGUGGACCUGGGAGGUGGAGGACGUCUUCAACAAGGUGAAGAAGGGCGACAAGCAGGCCAUGAAGAGCUAUGCCAAGAGGAUGCACCAGCAGAUCGACGAGCUGGUGACCCGCAUCACCCAGCCCAUGAAGAAGAACGACCGGCGCAAGAUCAACACGGUGCUCAUCAUAGACGUCCACGCCAGGGACAUCGUGGACAACUUUGUCAGGGACAGCAUCAUGGACGCGCGGGAGUUUGAGUGGGAGAGCCAGCUGAGGUUCUACUGGGACCGGGAGCCAGACAACCUGUUUGUGCGCCAGUGCAGCGCCAGCUUCUCCUACGGCUACGAAUACAUGGGUCUGAACGGACGUCUGGUCAUCACCCCUCUGACUGACCGCAUCUACCUCACCCUCACCCAGGCCCUGUCCAUGUACCUGGGGGGGGCCCCCGCAGGGCCGGCUGGUACAGGGAAGACUGAGUCCACCAAGGACCUGGCCAAGGCCCUCGGCCUGCUGUGUGUGGUCACCAACUGUGGAGAGGGGAUGGACUACAUGGCGAUGGGGAAGAUCUUCUCGGGGCUGGCCCAGUGUGGAGCCUGGGGACAUAGUGCCUAA